GCGGUUGCCGUGGCAGCGCCGGCUCCAGGGAGGGCUGCUGGCGCCGGGCCGGGACCGCGGGACCUGAGGUGGCGACCGGAGAGCCCGCGGCCCGGCCAGAGGCAGCUCGGGACAGGCUUGAGCGGCGGGGCGCGCUGCCCGGCCGGCGGGGAUGCGGGACCGGCUGCCAGACCUGACGGCGUGUAGGAAGAAUGAUGAUGUAGACACAGUUGUUGUGGUUGAGAAAGAUCAUUUCAUGGAUGAUUUCUUCCAUCAGGUUGAGGAGAUUAGAAACAAUAUUGAUAAAAUAACUCAAUAUGUUGAAGAACUAAAGAAAAACCACAGCAUCAUUCUUUCUGCACCAAACCCGGAAGGAAAAAUAAAAGAAGAGCUUGAAGAUCUGAACAAAGAAAUCAAGAAAACUGCGAAUAAAAUUCGAGCCAAGUUAAAGGCUAUUGAACAAAGUUUUGAUCAGGAUGAGAGUGGGAACCGGACUUCAGUGGAUCUUCGGAUACGAAGAACCCAGCAUUCGGUGCUGUCUCGGAAGUUUGUGGAAGCCAUGGCGGAGUACAACGAGGCACAGACUCUGUUUCGGGAGCGGAGCAAGGGCCGCAUCCAGCGCCAGCUGGAGAUAACUGGGAGAACCACCACAGACGACGAGCUAGAAGAGAUGCUGGAGAGUGGGAAGCCAUCCAUCUUCACUUCCGAUAUUAUAUCAGAUUCACAAAUUACUAGACAAGCUCUCAAUGAAAUCGAGUCACGUCACAAGGACAUCAUGAAGCUGGAGACCAGCAUCCGAGAGUUGCAUGAGAUGUUCAUGGACAUGGCUAUGUUUGUGGAGACUCAGGGUGAAAUGAUCAACAACAUAGAAAGAAACGUUAUGAAUGCUACAGACUAUGUAGAACACGCUAAAGAAGAAACAAAGAAAGCUAUCAAAUAUCAGAGCAAGGCGAGAAGGAAAAAGUGGAUAAUUAUCGCUGUGUCAGUGGUUCUGGUUGCCGUAAUCGCUCUAAUUAUUGGCUUGUCAGUUGGCAAAUGAUGGUGUGGAUAACGUCAGUGUGCAUGCCUCUCUGCCAGGGUGGACAACAACAUUGUCAUAGCAACCAUAUCCCAAGAGCCAUUUAUCCUUGAGACUCAGACCACAUCUGCAACCAAAUCAGCAUCCUGUCAUUUCGUGAAUGAAUCUCAGACGCUGUAACCCGGCAUCGAGUGCUGACCUUUUAAUGUAUGAGUUCAUGGAAGAAGCACAACCGAACGUCUUGUUCAGUGAAAGCGCCUUAAGCACAGUGGGUGUGAUGCGUGACCCUGAAUGACACACUACAGAAUGUGAGCAGUGUGAGACUUCUCUCACUGGCCUUGAAAUAAGAAAAUAUUGAACAUUUUAAUAUUAAAAAUAUUUCAGUGUUACAAAUGUGCAUGAAGUUUAAUUAGGAAGGAAUGCUUUAUGUUAUGAAGCUUUUUUUUUUUAUUUUUUAUUUUUUUAUUUGAGACGGGAGUCUCACUUUGUCAUCCAGGCUGGAGUGCAGUGAUGUGAUCUCGGCUCACUGCAACCUCAGCCUCCAGGUUCAAGCAAUUCUCCUGCCUCAGCCUCCCGAGUAGCUGGGAUUACAGGCAUGUGCUAACACACCCAGCUAAUUUUUUGUGUUUUUUUUUUUUUAGUAGAGACGGGGUUUUACCAUGCUGACCAGGCUGGUCUCAAACUCCUGACCUCAUGAUCCACCCACCUCAGCCUCCCAAAGUGCUGGGAUUACAGGCGUGAGCCACCGGGCAGGCCGUUCUGAAGCUUUUAGAUCUCAGGUCUAAGGCUUCCUUUCCCUCCCUCUCCCAGCUAGUAUGUGCUAAUUAAGAGACCUUUUAUACUGUUGUGUUUAUUGCCUGUUUGAAGAAAUAAUUUUUAUCACGUUUUUGUAAGAUAUCUAUAAUUUUAAAUGUUUAUAAAUUGUUUAAUAUAUUAGCAUCUUAAUUUACCCCAUUUUUAUAUACUGAAUGUGGCCUUUUGAGUGAAAUAGGAAGCUUCAUGGUGUUGGAGCCACCUUUGUACAGUUGUUUACAAAGUUUCCCAUUGUCACAGAAAACAUUGGUUGCAAAGCCCCUCAAAGCCCUCAAGUGCCUUCUGUGAGUUGAAAUGUGCUGGUGCCCUCCAGAAAAGCCUCGGCCUCAGCUCCAUUUCCGCCUGUUCCCUCCCCCGGGAUAAUGAAUGGUUACUGCGCUGUAAAGACCGUGGUCUCUUCACUAAAUAGGAGAUUCGAGUUUCCCAGUUCACAUGAAUAAAGUCUGAAUUUAAGACGGUGAUGAAACUGAGGUUCAGUACUCUCAGGACUCGAGGAAAUUAUUCCUGAGACAUCGAGUAAUUCUUAUAAAUUUAAACUAUUGUACAGAUCACAUACAUGUUGUUAAGUACCUAAUGUUUUGCUGAGCUUUAAAAGUUAAUUUCCAAAAUGUAUAGGGAUUCAUGAUAAUUAAACCUUUUUAUUUCUCAUUUUUUCAGUAGAAGAAUAUGACUUAUUUUUAGACUUGUAAAAUGUAUGAACUGGUGAGCAGACAUCUGUUUAGAGAGUCACUAGUCAGAAUGUUAAAAGAGUGCAUGAAGGAUGCCUCAAAUAUCGUUAACUCUUGUUACUCCUGUAUGUGGUGGUGUAAGCAUGUGACUUUUAACACCAUUUGGUUUGAAACUAAUGUAGAGAUGCCUGAUUCCAAACAGGUGUGGAGAAUAUUGAAUGGCUCAGAAGCUGCGUCCCUUACUUAACACAAUGCCGAAUCUCCCUCAUCCAUGACGUGUCCAUUGAAUCACUCGCUGGUGGUCGCUGUGUGGCAGUUACUAGGCGAAUUCUGCCUCUGACUGUUUUUUUCUUUUGGUCGUCAAACACCCUGUCAUGGGAUGUGCCCACUGAUUAGUGGCUAUGUUGAAGGUAUCACUUGUCUUGAGGGUUUUCAAUAUUUCAGGAUCAUGCUGGUGGCAGCAGGACUCCACGCCUCUGUGGAAUCAUGUCCAUGGGGGGGGGACCUGCCUCCCGUGAUGUCCCACCUUUCCUUCAAGGUCCGUCAUAUGAGUCCUCCCCUUUUACAACACUUAUUAUGGUAUUUUUCAAGUUAUUCUUCUUAGAUUUGCAGUAUCUACUGAAAUUUGUGUUUUUAUAGUUGAAGUUAUGAAAAUACUAUUUGAUUUGUAUUUAGAUAUUUAAGUCACUUGUCCAAUGACGUGUGUGUCUAAGCCUCAUGUACCGAUUUGAAGUCAGACUAAAAAUGUAUUUACAGAUUCACUUGUGACUUUUUAAUCGGUUCUUCAAAUAUUUCAUGUUUACAUUAAAAAUUUCCAGAGAAGCAUAGAAGUAUUCACUUCCUGCCUUGUCAUUUCUGGAAAGAUUUUGAGGAGAUACUUUAUUGCAUAUUCAUUAAUAAAUUGUUCUACUAGGCAAA